AGGAGGUUUUGUAAUGCACCUAGUUUGAAACGGAUUAGUAACAGACAAAGUUUGGUUUGACCACCUUGACUGGAAGCAUAUCUGUGUCUGUAUCUUUUGGAAACUUAAUUUUCGCCAUUUACACGUGAUGUAGCAAUGGCUACAAGCAGUAAAAGUAAUGCAGAGACCAUGGCCAACGAGUUGGCCCACAGCCUGGAGGCCACCAUGGGCAGACUACAGAACAUCUGGGACGAGAUUGGAAUCAUGGAGGAACAGAGGAAAGACAGAAGGAAAGUUGUGCUGCAUCAUCUACAGGCCUUGCUAGAAGAGAUGGUUGCAGAAGAAGAAAACCUGCGAACACGGUUGUUACAGAGUGUUGAAGACUGCGGCAAAGAGUUGCUGAAAAUCAGCAAAGAGCUGCAUGUACCAGUUUACGAGCCAGAGGAAGGCCUGUCCAUACUGACCCUGGAGAAGGAGCUGCGGACGCGCGUGGACACCCUGGCGAAGGAGAAACACGACAGGAUGAAACAGCUCAGCUCCCUGAGGGAGAAGGAGCAGCAGUUGUGCGACGCGUUGUGCACCACGCCCUUCUACAUUGCACCGGACACCGUCCCCUCGAACGAUCAGCUGGCCAAACUGAGACAACACAUCAGCACGCUACAGACAGAAAAGAACACCAGGCAAGAAGUCUUCCUGGAGACCAAAGUGAAGAUCAUCACGUUCCUGGACAACCUGGACCUGACUCCUAACUCCUCCUUCGAGCGGGACGUUGUGUGUGAGGACGAGGAGUCCUUCGUUCUCUCCAGCGAAAACAUGGCGGCUCUGCAGGCACUGUGUGCAGAGUUGGAGAAGAAGCAGAACGACCUGAUCGCGCUGGCCUCGGACCUGAGGAUACAGGUGACCACACUGUGGGACAGACUGAUGAUUGAACAGGCAGAGAGAGACGCCUUCAACAAGGACAACCAGGGAUUCAAACCAAGGGUCUUAAAAGCGCUCCGUGAUGAGAUUGAGCGGUGUCGGGAACUGAAGCUACAGAACAUCCGGCGUUACGUGGAGGGCCUCCGCGCUGAGAUCACCCAGCUCUGGAACAAGUGUUACUUCAGCCAGGAACAGCGCAACCAGUUCACAGAGUUCUUCAGUGAUGACUUCACUGAGGACCUGUUGGAGAUCCAUGACCAGCAGGUGGCCAGGCUGAAGCAGUACUACGACAGUAACAGGGAUAUCCUCAAGUUUGUGGAGAAGUGGGAGGACCUCUGGAAAAAGAUGCUCGAAUUUGAGAGACGAGCCAAUGAUCCGUCACGUUACAACAAUCGAGGCGGCGGCCUGCUCCAAGAGGAGAAAGAGAGGAAGAAAGUCCACAAACUUCUGCCCAAGGUUGAGGAGGAAGUGUCCAGGGCCAUCAAGGAGUACGAACAGAAGACUGGGCAGCCCUUCCUGGUGGACGGUUGUCCUUUCCUGGACUAUGUCAGGGCACAGUGGAACAAGCACAAUGAAGAGAAGGAGCAAGAAAAACACCGAAGGCAUUUGGCUAAGGCAAAGCAGCUAGAGGAAGAGCAGAAGAAUGGAUCCAAGCCUGCUACAACUCCAAAACGGCGCUUCCUUACAACACCCACCAAGACUCCCACAAAGAGAAAGAUGGACGGGACCUUUGGUCCAUCUCCUAGCCCUGCCAAAAAGACCCCCAUGCACCACUCCAGUGUCAUGUUUGCCUCACCCCUGCACCGCCCUCCCCGCUCCUGCAAGAAGACGCCGAAAACUCCGGGCAACCGUCUUCCGAAGAACCGCCCGCCUCUUCCCGGCAGCGGACUGAGGAAGGCGCUGGCGGAAAGAAACACGCCGGACAGGAGCCACGGCUUCAGCACCUCCACACUGAGUGGAGUCUCCUCUGGUACUAGCACAAGUUUGAUGUCCUGUGGCACGUACUCAGAGUUCUCACGUGAAGUCCGCACCAACUGCCGCAGCAGCGCGAUUCCCAUGUCUCCAGAUGAAGAAGUGGUGCACCUCUAGAAGUCAAGUUUUCUAACACGAAUAUUCAUGUUUUAAAGUAUCGCUAAUCUCGAUUUACUCGUACCUCCUCUUAUAAUUAGUGUGCAGAAGGUACAUAGUCGAAUUUUGCCAUUAUCAUUUAAUAACAGGUGUUUUUAAGGGUGAUGUCAGCAAGCUAAUGUCUUGUUGUUUGUAAGAAAAUGUUGCUGUUUUGUAUAGAGUUGUAUGUAGCGUCUUCAUUGUACAUAGCAGUAUAUUAGAACUUUUUUGUUCAUUUAUGACCCACAUAUAUAGAAGUGUAUCCUUUUCUAUCUCUGUCCAUAACUGUCUGAUUUUUUUAGAAAUCAGUAUAUUCUUUGCACCUCUACAUAUUCAUACUUGCUGAUCAAAAAUAAAAAGACAAAAAGGUGAAACCAUUGUCAUUUUUGGUUCAUAAGAUUUUAGCACAAAUUUUUGAGACAG